CGGCACUAGUGUAGGCCGGCAGUCUGUAGAUAUCUUUGGGCAAGAAGUGCUUGCGUGUACGAUGACGUAGAGUGCGUCGUGGAAAGAGACUGCUCUGCGAAAUCGUGAGAACAAUACGACUUUAAUUUUUGACAGUAAACGAAACGACACAUUUGGAUUAUAACUCGACCGCUAUUGUAUAUCUCUUGAUGGACAAGACGAGCAUGUCACAAGCAGGGCAGAGAGAGAAAACUUUCCUCCGGCAGUGUAUUCAGGCCCGAACCCAGUUAGAAGAGGCCAUUGCUGGGGUCAUGAAGGCUGAAGUUCAACUCAAGAGCAACUCCAGAGAGGUGAAGUCUCAGCUGCACAGCUGUAUCAGUAGACAUCUGGAGAUCCUGCGCUCUCGUGAGGUCUGGCUGCUGGAGCAGGUUGAUCUGGUGGAGCAGCUCAAAGGAGAAGCUUUGCAACAACAGCUACAGCAGCUUCACUUGCUCAAGGGCCAGUUUGACAUCCUCAUUCAUCAAAUGGAAAGUUCAAAGAGUAACAAUCCUGCCACCCAGCUCACCAACUGCCUGGAAAAGCUUUCUUCUCUGAAUCUGACUCCUGAUGAAACCCCAGAGAUGAGCUUCCAAGCAGAUGUCUGCGACUUGCGCAAGGCUAUUACAUCCUUUGGGACCAUUUCCACACAGACUGUAAAAGGGCAGGGACUGAGUAGCCUAGACAAAGCUCAUGCAACUCUUCCCCUACGUAAGCAGGAGAUGUCACAGACCACCAACUCUCUUGAGAGAUCAUGUUUUCUCCAGGAUUGCCCAGUUUCUAUUAAGAGACAGAAAUUAGAUGCUGAAUGGGCAACACCUUUGGCUGAGUGGUUGUCAGGGAAGCGCCCGGUAACGAGUCCUCCUGUAGGACACCAGUUUAGCAAGAACCCCCAGGAUUGGCUGCUUGCUUCUGAGGACUCUAAGGAGGAUCAAAAGGUACCCUCCUUUGACUUCCAGAAAGCUUGGGGUCAGCUCCAAGACCUAGAGUCAUGGCUCGUGAAGGAGAAAUCACCCGUUCGUGAGCGAACCUGCAGCGGCAGCUCAACCUUCUCCAUUGAGAUGAUCGAGGAAAGUGACUUGAAUCUGGAUGAUGUUGAAGAGGAGAACCAGCAGGAAAAGGGUGCAGAGGAAGAACCCCUUAACAAAUGGCUCGUCACCCCUAAUAAAGAACAUAAGACCAGCCAAGUCUCCGAUGAUGAGCAGCGCUUCAAACAGAUCAUCAAACCCUUCUACGAAAGCUUUUCCCCCUCCGAUUGGCUCCAGAAGUCUGACUGUGGCUCCUGCCGCUCCACGCGCGUGACCGCUGUAGAAAUCGAGAACCUUGGGAAUCUCAAGUGCCUAAAGACUCCUCCUCCAACCUCUACCUCCACCCCGACCACCAACCCAGAGUCCGUGGAGAUGUGGCUUCAGAAGACCAUCCCUCUUGAGACCCACUGCAAAGCCAAUGAGACCUGUGCCAGCUAUGCUCAAUGUGUGUGCGAUGACAGCUGUGGAAAAGAGGCCCUGAGCGCUUGGCUCCUCAAGAAAGAAGGCAGAGAUAAGAAUGGCGUACCAAUCAAUAAGAACACCACAAACAAAGCUUCCUGUCACCAGCAGGAGCAGGAACAGAAGGUUCAGGCCAUCCUUGAGGCCUGGCUACAUCCAAGCAACAGUGCCAAGACUCCUGUCCUGCCUGACCUGUCAGCCUGGGUGACCCCGCACAUCAAAGACCCAGAGAGCUCCCCCACGAUGCAAACUGAUAAUUGGCUUUUGCCAGCAAAGAAGAUACCAAGCAAGCCAGAGAGUGAGAAUGUGAAUGAGCGAGAUCGCAAAGACGUCGAAGAGGACAAAUGGCUUCUACGCAAGCGGGUGAGUGCACAGGAAAGAUGUGGUCUGCCCAUAGUAUGUGAUCUAUUCUCCUGUAUGAAGCUUGGUGGGGAUAGAGAGAAGUGGCUACAUCAGGAAUCUACAUAGGUGAAAAAUAUGAACACACCAUUGCUUUGAGUUUCCUGUUUGUUGCACAAUAUUUGACUCCUUAUGCAUCUCAUCUCUCGGAUAUGUUCUUUCUGGAGACUGAUAGAAAGUGAUGUGAGCCAGAGGUCUUGUCUUAUACAAGAGGCUUGUGGGAGGAUAUCACAAAGGAGUAUUUUAUGCUGCGAAUUUUCUGUCAUUUUGCUUGUUAUUGGCAGAAUACAGUCAAUUCAGGUGAUUCUGUGGUGACCAAUGUGUUGUUAAAAUUCGCUAGUUUGAUUUAAAAAUCUUAAAAAAAUGGACCAGAUUGGGACAUACAAAACAGAAUUAUUAUUUUUUUCCCCAAUGGGGCAUUUUGGGAGGGGUUUGGAAAGUAACAAAACAAAUCUAUAUUUUAAUCAGUUAUAACAGCUUUUGUAUUAUGUUUUAAAUCUCACCACCUCCACAUACGGAGGAAGGUGUACUCUACAGCAUUGAGUGCUUUCCUCAACCAUUACUUUUCUGAAAAUAUGAAUAUUUAUGUAGAGUUUCGCUGCUUUAUAAUUUUCUGUUUCUUUGUUGGUUUUACGCUGCAGUUUAUUUUACGCUCUUAGGGGUGGUUUCUCAGACAGGGAUUAUUUUAAACCAGGACUAAAUCCAAGUUAAAUUAGGACAUUAAAGUAGUUUUUUAGAAACAUGUCUUACAAAAAACAUUACUUGUGUGCAUUUUGAGAAAACACAAUGGCACUGAUAUAUUUUAAUGUAUGUGCAAAUUGUUUUUGAUCUGGACAGUUUAGGACUAGUAUUAAUCCCUGUUCAGGAAACCGCCCCUUAAAGUUAAUUCACCAAUAGAAACCAGAUAAAUAUAGCAAAACAUGCAGUUGUCAGUGGCACUGGAGUGUUAACUGGCCAAACGUGACUAGAUGCAGCAGAUUUUUUGAAAAAGGAAAGUCUUUCUGCUAAAUCUGCAUUUGAAACCUCAAUACUGAUAUUGAAUGUGUAGCAACGCUUUGUGAUCCGUCCACCUUCACUGUUUGUGAGCAAGAACAUUUCAUCUCAGUUUGCCUAUUUCUAAUGCGUAAUGGGCAGUGUGCCGUAUCGUAUGUUUGCUGUGUGGGUUUUCUGUGGUUAGGCAUAUAUAAACGGAUGUAUCCUCUUUCACUUAGUAAAGGAUUUGCUAAAAAAAAUAUACAUUUAACAAUUAAAAAAUAUUGAAAUCAUCUGCACAAUAUUCUCAAUAUUUUUUUCUUUUAGCCUACAUAUUAAUGCAGGACUGCAGCAUUGACUAUAUGUAUUCCUUAUACAAAUAUUGUUUUGAUGAGCUCUAUCUAAUGCUGUGAUCUCUGUUAACAAACUCUUAAUAAAUAAAAUAUAUUUCUUCUUAUAUAA